AUGUCUGUUAUCCUGGUUUCUGCAGGUUAUGACCAUACAAUUAGAUUUUGGGAGGCUUUAACAGGUGUUUGUUCGAGGACAAUUCAACAUUCAGAUUCGCAAGUUAAUAGAUUAGAAAUUACCAAUGACAAAAAAUUGUUAGCAGCUGCAGGUCAUCAAAAUGUCAGACUUUAUGAUAUUCGUACAACUAAUCCAAAUCCGGUUGCUUCCUUUGAAGGUCAUAGGGGUAAUGUGACAUCGGUAUCAUUUCAGCAAGACAAUAAAUGGAUGGCAACAUCAAGUGAAGACGGUACCAUCAAAGUUUGGGAUGUCAGAGCACCAUCAAUACCACGAAAUUAUAAAUUGAACGCACCCGUCAAUGAAGUUGUGAUACAUCCAAACCAAGGCGAAUUAAUUUCCUGCGAUAGAGAUGGUCAUAUACGUAUAUGGGAUUUGGGUGAGAACCAAUGUACACACCAAUUAACUCCUGAAGACGAUACACCAUUACAAUCAUUAUCUUUAGCAAGUGAUGGAUCGAUGCUAGUUGCUGCAAAUAACAAAGGUAAUUGUUACGUUUGGGAAAUGCCAAAUAGAACCGAUGCUUCCAAUUUAAAGCCAGUCACAAAGUUUAGAUCGCAUAAUACUUAUAUUACAAGGAUUCUUUUAUCAUCAGACGUAAAACAUCUGGCAACGUGUUCAGCGGAUCAUACAGCCAGAGUAUGGUCUGUUGAUGAUAAUUUCAAAUUGGAAACUACAUUAGAUGGCCAUCAAAGAUGGGUUUGGGAUUGUGCAUUCAGUGCAGAUAGCGCAUACUUAAUGACAGCAUCGUCCGAUCACUACGUUAGACUUUGGGAUUUAUCUACGAGGGAAAUUGUAAGGCAAUACGGUGGCCACCAUAAAGGUGCUGUAUGUGUGGCUCUUAACGAUGUAUAG